AUGGCCGGCCCUCUGAGCCCUUCAAAGAGUGACAGCACCGUCAUCAUCGUGCUCGGUGCCUCAGGUGAUCUGGCUUUCAAGAAGACCUACCCUGCACUAUUCGGUCUCUAUAAGAAUGGCUUUGUUCCGCAAAACACGGACAUUGUUGGCUAUGCACGAAGCCAUAUUGAACUAGACGACUUCCGUAAACGAGUUUCGUCAAAGAUCAAGACUAGUAACGAUGAGGAAAAGUCUUUCCUCACAAAGUUCCUGGGUCGCUGCACAUACGUCUCGGGCAAAUACGACGAUGCCGAGUCAUUCAAGAAGUUGAAUGAGGCCGUGGAUAAUAUUCAAAAGAACGCUAGCGGUGCAAAGCACCGGGUGUUCUACAUGGCUUUGCCGCCAAGCGUGUUCAUUCCGGCCUCGGAAGGAUUGAGGCAACAUGUUUAUGCAAAGGAUGGCAACAACCGGUUGAUUGUGGAAAAGCCCUUUGGAAAAGACUCCGAAUCUUCCGACAAACUUGCUCAGGCCCUUUCCCAACAUUGGCAAGAGGAAGAGGCUCGUUCACCUAUUUACCGGAUCGACCACUAUCUUGGGAAGGAAAUGGUCAAAAACUUGAUGAUCCUUCGCUUCGCCAACAUCUUUUUUGGUGCAAUCUGGAAUCGGCAAUACAUUGACAAUGUACAGAUCACGUUCAAAGAGCCGAUCGGGACGCAGGGGCGUGGAGGCUACUUUGACGAAUUCGGAAUCAUCAGAGAUAUCAUGCAAAACCAUUUGUUGCAAAUCUUGUCCAUCGUAGCUAUGGACAAGCCCCAGUCCUUGGACGCAGAGCACGUUCGGGAUGAAAAGGUUAAGGUUCUUCGCGCAAUCGAACCCUUGACUCUGGACAAUGUCCUCUUGGGACAAUACACCAAGAGCGAAGACGGCAAGGAAGCGGGAUACUUGGACGAUGAGGGUGUCCCCAAGGACUCCGUUACGCCCACUUUCGCUGCCGCUGCGUUUCAGAUCAAAAACGAACGCUGGAACGGCGUGCCAUUCAUCCUCAAAUGCGGCAAAGCACUCGACGCACAGAAGACCGAGGUCCGGAUCCAAUUCCAAGACGUGCCGGGCAACAUUUACCCCGGCGUAGCGCGCAACGAGCUCGUCGUUCGCGUCCAGCCCGAAGAAGCUGUUUACAUGAAGUUCAACAACAAGCAGCCUGGAUUGUCGUCAACGGCCAUCACAUCUGAGCUGGACCUUUCCUACUCCCGCCGAUACCAAGACGUCAAGAUCCCUGACGCAUACGAAAGCCUGAUCCUUGACGUGAUAAAAGGUGACAAGGCGAACUUCGUCCGUGACGACGAGUUGGAUGCCGCGUGGAAGAUCUUCACGCCUUUGUUGCACAAGAUUGAGGGCGAAAAGAUCAAGCCCGAGCUCUACCCGUUCGGCUCCCGGGGUCCCGCCAGCUUGAGCAAGUUUGUGGAGAAGUAUGGGUUCAAGAGGGAUGCGGAGUACAAUUGGUCCCCACCCAAGAUGUAG